UAAGACUCCAGCUAUCACACCUUUUUUUAUGCUUUACUGGAUGCUUCGGUGGACUUGAUGCUCCCAGCAAUCACAGGCACUACAAUGAAAAAGCUUGAUGUGAUACGAAGGUGUGGCUACACAGCCACACUACACCCAAAAAAAAAAAAAGCUUCGGACUCAAGUCCGAGGCUGUUCAAACCAAGAUCGUGAUAUUGGCUCAUGGCGGACCAGAGAGCGUUCAACGAACGAGAUUAUCCCGUCAUCGUUGGCAUUGAUUUUGGCACAACCUAUUCUGGUGCAGCUUACUCAUUGGCUAAUCAGGAAGACAUUGAGGAUAUCGUAAGAUGGCCGAGACAAUCAAGUAGUGUGUAUUGCAAGACACCAACAAUGAAUCUGUACAGAGGUGAUUCCAAGAAAAUGGUACAGUGGGGAAAUGCUGCGCGCUUGGAACUGUUACGGCCUAUCAAUCGAGAUGCUGUGCUUCUCAAGCAGUACAAGCUCUAUCUAGACGAAGCAUUGAGCAAAGAUUUAGUGCCGCUGCCCAAUGAUCUGACGAUUGUGGAUGUGAUAUCUGACUUUUUACGAGAAUUCCAUGAACACUUGUUGUUCGAAAUGAGUCGUGGAAUCGCUCGUGACUUCAAACAAGAUUCUUUCAGAUACUGCUUAACUGUUCCAGCAAUGUGGUCUGAUAGAGCCAAGGCAUUGAUGAGAGAGUCAGCAAUACGAGCUGGCUUGGUCAAGGAGGGAGAUCAUCGAGACAGGUUGAUGCUUAUAUCGGAACCAGAGGCAGCUGCCAUCUACUGUGAGAAAAAGUGUGAACAAUUUAAUUUGAGAGGUGGCGACAAGUUCAUGAUCUGUGAUGCUGGAGGCGGUACGGUCGACUUAAUUGUUUUUCAGGUGGAGUCGACUUUCCAAGGGACUCGAAAAUUCAAGGAAGAUACAAAGGGACAUGGUGAAUCAUGUGGAUCCAUAUUCAUUGAUAAACGUAUGCGCAAAUUAUUGAAGAAAAAACUCAAGUCGGCUACGAAAUCCGUACCGCCAUACGCAUUUGAACAUAUGAUGGAUACAUUCAUCAAUACCGUCAAGCCGGAAUUUGAUGGCACGGACGAUCAUUUCAUCCAGCUUCCAGCAUCAUUGGAAUUGGCCUCAUUAACGAAUGAAGAGAUUGGUCUUGACGAAGGUGUUUUAUGCUUGACCAUGCAGGAACUCCGUGAUGAUGUAUUUGAGCCUGUGGUACAAGACGUUCUCAAUCUCAUCCGUCAGCAGAUGAAGACAGUUAAUCGUUUGGAAGCCAUCUUUUUGGUUGGCGGAUUCGGAUCUAGCAAUUACCUUUUCAAGAGAGUCCAACAAGAAUUUGGUAGAGACGUUGGCCUAGUCGCCAUGCCGCCUAGAGCAGAACUCGCUGUUACGCGUGGCGCGGUAUUCUUUGGAAAAAAUCCUAAUCUCGUAACCACCAGAGUCCCCCGUUACUGGUAUGGAAUCGAUUCAACCAACAAGUUUAUUGAGGGCGUAGAUCCUCCUGAGUUCAAAAUCAUCCGUUCAGAUGGAAGCAUUCGAGCCGACAAUCGGUUUUCAGUGUUUGUCAGACGUGGUGAACCACUAGAUAUCAAUGAUUGCGUAGUGAAGAAGUACUAUGCAUUUUAUCCUAAUCAGACGGUGUGCUCAUUAUUCGCUGCUGACACAGAGGAAGAGCCUCGUUAUACAUGUGCUCCAACUUUGGGAGUCAGAAGAAUAGCCAAUUUCACUAUUCCUAUGCCUAAGCUGCCUGACGUUCAGUAUGGAGAAAGAAUAGAUUUGUUGAUAAAGAUGUAUUUUGGCGAGGUUGAAUUACGCGUGGAAGCCGUCAUUCAAGGCAAGACGUACUCAACCACUUGCAUGUUUGAAGCUUGAUACCAAGAAAUACUAUACGCUAUAUUCUCCCAUUUUUGUUGUGGAUAUACGAUCGUCCUUUGGUAUAUCUCAUGCACUGUUUUGUUCUUAAAGAUACUUCCAUAGCCUUUUUGUUCACCCAUCAUUGUUAAUUUCUUGGUCUCUCGUCUACAUACACAUAAUACCAUCGGCAGCAUGCCAGAUCACUCCUCACUAAAAAUAUUAUAACUAGGUUCAACUGAUGAGAAUACCCAUAGUUACUCACUAACUAUUGUAUUUUCCGUAAGA